AUGAGUCCCCAUGGCCCUUCUGAUUAUCGCAUUACGUCAUACAUUUGGCUAAUGGAUUCACUCAUUGAUAAUGCCAAUGAUGUUAAAGAGCUCAGGAAGAAAAGAAUCCUUGUCAACAAUUUAGGCAGUGACGAACAUUUAGCGCAACUCUUUAACGAGAUAGCUAUUGAUUUGGUACCUGAUCUUUAUGUAUAUGCAGAUACUAUGCAGCAGAUUGAAGAUCAUUGCCAGAAUAAAGGACUAGUUUGGAUGGCUGAAUGGCUGCACGACCAUUUUAGCAGUCCUUGGACUAUCUUGGCUUUUCUAGGUGCAAUUUUCGCCCUUUUCCUUACCGUGGUACAGACAUAUUUUGCUAUUUUUCCGCGCUACCCUCAGAAGCCAAGACUUCCUAAAUCGACGAUCUCGUACAAGCUCUUCAGCUGCAAAAGUAGAAUGCUGGUUGGCAUGGUUGACCCAUUUGUGGGGUUACUAAACCCAGUUUCAGAAUCAUCCGACGAACUGAAAGAAGCUGGGUCGGAUUCUGAUCCAGGAAUGGGUUGA